GUCUAAAGAAAAGAUUGUGUGCCCGGAAACCCUUCUUCAGCCUUGGCCAUUGUUCGACCUAUCGAUUCCAAAUUCCGAUCUUCGCUCUGAGCACCUACGAUGGAGGCAUCCAUCCAGCCCCCCACCGUCGAUGCCGUCGUAACCACCGUCGCCGCCAUCUCCAUGGCAGCUACCACCGCUACCGCCAUACCCAUCGCAGCUAGUACCGCUCCCGCCAUCCCCAUCCCCGCCGUCGAUGCGGCCGCAACCAUCGACACCCCCAUCCCCGCCGUCGAUGCGGCCGCAACCACUGCCCCCAUCCCCACCGUAAAUGCCGCCGCCGCCGCCGCCCCCGUCCCCGCCCCCAUCUCCACUCCUGCCCCCGCCGUUGAUGCGGCCGCAACCACCGCCGCCCCCAUCUAUCCCACCUGUGUUCUCCUCGAGAAGGAGGCUUACUACAAGGACUGCGACAACGCCACCACCGCUGAAGCCAUGACGAGCACCGACCACAUCGUCAAGGUUACAUUUGUUCUGGCGGACCCGCCGGCAGUAUCCUACUUUUGCGUCCACGGCCCUAAACUUGAGCAUAAGGACUUCCUCUUCGCGCCACGGGUUGUAUUCUCGGAUAAAGAUCUGGUUCUUCUCCGAUUCGGCCUCCGCCCUCGUAGCACCACCGUCCGCAAGUCUCACCCUGUUCAAUACUUCGUCUACAAGGCUGUUCAUGGCAAGCCGUUCGAGGACGACCCCACUUCUCACCGGCCUAACAAUACAACAUCAUAUCCCAGCAUCUUGCCGUUCGAGGACGAAGAUGGAAAUUUUCUUGUGGCAGAUCUCACCAUGACAUCGACCACUGGGCACUACUAUCUCCUCCACAUCUUCUCGUCCAAGACGAAAGAGUGGACCACCAGGCCGUUGGAGUUGCAGGCAUCUCCUGCCACGACAGAUGACCUCCCUAGUCUAGCCCACAAGGUGAUUGCUCUCGGAGCAGGUACCAUAGGCUGGAUUGACCUCUGGCGAGGCAUUGUGAUCUGCAAUGUGUUCGACUCUGAUCCUGUCCUCCGUUUCAUCCCACUACCAAAGCCUGAAUUCAACUUUCACCUGAAAGGUGACCCACAGCAAAUCCGUGAUGUCACAUGUUGCAAUGGUUUUAUAAAGUUUAUUGAGAUGGAGCACUAUCCCAGACCGGCUAGUUUUUAUAGCAACAACAAAAGGAAUUGCAAGACGACCAAGGAUCUUGACAGCGAAGAUGUCCUCUAUGAUUCCGACCUCUUCUUCCACAGCCUUGGCGGUUUGGAGAGCCCCAGUACUGUCCCUAUUACUUGGAAGAUCCGGACAUGUUAUAGGCACAUUUCUUGGAACCUUUGGUGCAAGGGGCACGCUGUUCAUGUUGAUGACAUCUUGGUCCACAAGCCAAGUUAUUAUAUGAUGUUGCCUGAGCUGUGGGAUGACAGUGCUGGCAAGUUCACAUUGAGGAAUCUGACAGCAGUUUGCCCGACACUCGACAUUCAUGGUGGCGAUGUUGUUUACCUUGUUUCUAAGGUAGGUAUUUAUGAUAAGGACGCAUGGGUGAUUGGUGUAGACCUUCGAAAGAAGACAGUGGAAGUACUCGAACCAUAUUGUGCUGCGAGAUCUAGUUUGCAUCAGACGGCCUUUCUUGCCCGUACAUUCUCUGGAUAUCUGAAUGCAACUCCCAGGUCAUCUCCGCCAGUCCACUGAAUAGUCAUCUUAGUCCAGGAAAUAUGAUUCAAAACAAUCUUAGGCCAGGAAAUAUGAUUCAAAACAAUCUGCAGAAUAUGAAGAUCAUGGCUCACUUCUGUAGGAGUUCCAUUCAACAUGGCAAUGAGGUACUUCCAGUCAAUAGCGUCCAAGUUCAGCCACAGCUCGAUUUACAGCUACACAGUUUUCCACAAACCCUGCAACACAAUUUUACUCCAUCAGGGUCAGGAUAUGUUUUUCCAGUGAGCUCCAGUCGACAUGCCCAAUGCUCAACACUGAUGCCUAUGACCAGCUAUGUCUCUUAGGCUACUCAUAGUGGGGAGUAACAUAAGGUGGUGUCAUGCAUAAGUUACUAGUCCAUGUUACUACCUUCAUAGUGGAAAGUAACUUAGAGAUGGUAUCAUGCAAAGUCUCAUUUAUUAGUUUGUAGACUCAUUUUAUCUUGGGGUGUGUGAUGUUAUGGUAACAUAGCUAGUUACCACUUUCUUCUUUUUCUUCAUUUAUUGCUAUGCCAUAUCACCAAAACAUCUUGAAGUGUGUGAUGUUACUACCUAAGUUACUCCCACUAUGAGCAGUCUUAACGCUGAAGGACAGUCGAUUCCAGCAGCAGACGCCUUGGAGCUAGCGUCCCCAUCCGUGCCUUUCUCCAGCAGCAGAUGCCUCCAUUACUCAGCUGUCCCUGCAUCCGUACCUUCAGAACCAACCACAGCCGGUAUUGCUUGCAGGCUUCUAAUAAUCCUAUAAACAAGUGAAUCACUCCAGUCAUUUGUAUCGUGGAAUGUUUACCAGAAUUGAACAUCACAGACGUGAAAAACUUUCGUCACUUGUUGUGUCUUGGUGUUUAAUUUAUUAGCAGUUGAUAUGUAAGUUAAUGAAGUUUGUUCUGCUUAUGUCUUCUUGUAUGUUACACUAUUAUGCUGACAGUUUGCUGAUCAUGGGUGUUGUUUGAAAACAUCAACUAAACCAUGAUGUUUUGUGGU